GAUUUGGCACCAGGUUCCCUCCUAGAGUGCUGCCCAAAUCCUCACAGGCAGCUAAUCAAAGGAACUUUGCAGGAGGAUAGCAUUUGAGCCGGUUUUGGCCAGCUUUGAAAACAGCAGCUCCAGUGUGAGCUUCACUACCAGAAAGAAUUACUUGAAGUUGUGCUUUUAGUCUGCUGCUAACUCGCCAGGCUGGACCUAAGUAUGCACGCUGGAGCCUUCAUCAAUUUUGUGUGGGCUUCUUCCCUCGUCAGUCUCCUCGCCGCUGUGCCACCCAGCCCUUCAUUUAGUCUGAAGAAUUUACCCUCGACAGCUUGCAGAUUGCCUCCGGCUGUAUCAGAGCAACGUUGUAGAGCUCCAGAUGGAUCAAUAUGUAGUGGCAGGGGCAACUGCGACUGUGGAAUAUGCUUGUGCGAAGUUAAGGAGGCUGGAAAGUACUAUGGGCCAUUAUGUGAGUGCCACAAUUGGGUAUGCCACACCUAUGAUGGACAAGUAUGUGCAGGACAUGGGAGGUGUGACUGUGGAGUGUGUCAAUGUGAUGUUGGCUGGUCUGGCGAAGCCUGUCAGUACCCAACGACAUGUGACCUGACCCGAAAGCAAAGUAAUGAAAUGUGCAAAAAUUCUCAAGGAGUCAUAUGCUCCAAUGCAGGAACCUGCCAGUGUGGAAGAUGUAAAUGUGAAAAUUCAGACAAUAAUGGCCUUAUUUAUGGAAAGUAUUGUGAAUGUGAUGAUUCAGAAUGCGUUGAUGAUGAAACCCAAGAGAUAUGCGGGGGCCAUGGAAAGUGUUACUGUGGAAACUGUUACUGCAAGGCUGGUUGGCAUGGAGAUAAAUGUGAAUUCCAGUGUGACAUCACCCCUUGGGAGAUCAAGAAGAGAUGUACAUCUCCAGAUGGCAAAAUCUGCAGCAACAGAGGAACUUGUGUGUGCGGUGAAUGUACGUGCCAUGAUGUUGACCCAACUGGGGACUGGGGUGAUAUUCACGGAGACACCUGUGAGUGUGAUGAAAGGAAUUGCAAAUCGGUCUAUGACAGAUAUUCUGAUGACUUCUGCUCAGGUCACGGUCAGUGUAAUUGUGGUAGAUGUGACUGUAAAGAUGGCUGGACUGGAAGGAAGUGUGAACACCCACGUUCCUGUGCCUUGUCAAUAGAGGAAAGCAAGAAAAAAUGCCAAGGUAGUGCGAGUCAGCCUUGCUCAGGACGAGGAAAAUGUGAAUGUGGUCAGUGCACUUGUUUCCCUCCAGGAGACAGUAGAGUGUAUGGAAAAAAUUGUGAGUGUGAUGAUCGACAGUGUGAAGACCUAGAAGGCAAAAUUUGUGGAGAACAUGGCACCUGUUCUUGUGGUCGAUGCAUUUGUGAGGCUGGGUGGUUUGGAAAGCUGUGCCAACAUGAAAGAAAAUGUAAUAUGACUGAAGAGGAAAGCAAAAGCCAGUGUGAAUCAGCUGAUGGCAUAUUGUGCUCUGGGAAAGGUUCCUGCCACUGUGGAAAGUGCAUCUGUUCGCCACAGGAGUGGUAUGUUUCUGGGGAAUUCUGUGAAUGUGAUGACAGAGACUGUGACAAACACGAUGGCCUUAUUUGCACAGGCAACGGAAUAUGUAACUGUGGAAACUGUGAAUGCUGGGAAGGAUGGAACGGAAAUGCCUGUGAGAUAUGGCUUGGAAGCGAAUAUCCUUAACUGCAGCAAGAAUAACAACAACAUGUGCAAUGGCAAAUGGAAAUACAAAACUAUGGAAAAAGACAUGGAUCUUUUUUCUCUUAUUUUUUCAAUAGCCUGUUAGAAAGUAUAACAAAUGCUGAAUAUACUCACCAUCACUAGGGCUGCUCAUACAGACUAAUAUAGCCCUGUAUGAUUUACAUUAUUAUUUUUUUUUCUUAAACAAACCAAAGUCUGAUUAACCAUGACGUUUUUGCAUUUGUGCAGGCUGGGAUAGGCAUGAGAAAACAAAAAACAUUUUUUUUUAUAUAAUUUACAUGGUUGUCAGACUAUCACAUCAUCAGACCUUUCUAGAAGCUGCAAAGGUUCAUAGCAUAAACUUGGCAAAAAUGGCAAAAAGACACAAAUUAAAAAAAGCGGAAACUUUGAAUAAUAGUAGGUAUGGGUCUGGAACCCAAAAAUAUUGACCUAUUUCCGAGGCUACACAGUGCAGUAAUAUCUGUGGUAACAGUGUUGUUUUGUGGUAUAGAAUUCUCAGAUCUUAUUCUAUAUUCUAUAACUUGUAGAAUAUACCUGUUCUCUAUUACAGUAAGGAAAAAAUAAUUAUAUAGAUUAUUUUAAUAUUUUAAUAAAUAUUAUCAGAAGUC